UUUUUAGCAAGUGUGCAGGAAUCAUUAACACGCCAGCUGGGCAAGGAAGUGAAGAUCGAGCCAUCGGAAUCGCUAAAAAAUCGCAUCACAGGUGCUUCCGAGGAAGAGAUUGUUUAUUCAGGGCUGGAAUUCAGCAUGCAGAAAUCAGCCCGUGAUAUUAUGCGCACAGCAGAAAAGUACAAUCUUGGCCUGGAUCUCCGAACAGCGGCUUAUGCAACGGCUAUUGAGAAAGUUUACAACACGUAUCGAGCUUCAGGCUUCACAUUCUCGUGA